AAAAGGAGAAGCAGAAGGAGAAUGUCAAUUCACUUUCAACCACAGGGUUAGCUAUUCUAGUUAUCAUAGUUCUGUGCUGUCACAUAAUUGAUAGAUAAAACCAUUGAACAAACAUUCAAACUUGUCCAUGCCCAGGUCCACAUCAAACUCACUAAGAUUUUUUUCAGAAAGGUAUCCGGCCGGUUUGGAAUACCUCAGCCACAUCGACAAGCUGCUCAUCGAAAAGGUAAUCGUCGAUGUCGACCUUUUAAGCCGCGCAGAAACCGAAAACAAAUACAUAAUAAGAAAUUGCGAAGGGGAGCAGAUUUUUUACGCCGUAGAGGACACUUAUUGCGGUCGUCUUCCGUACGAUCUGCAGAUUUUCGACAACUAUAUAGUCGAGAAUAUACGGCUGAGCAAAAAGAAGGGUUAUUAUCCAGGUAUAAAAGUUUUUUUACCACUAGAAAAGCUAGCAGCAAUAGUAGAAACCAAAUGCAAGAUAUUUCCUAAAUACAUCGUGAAAAAUCCUUGUGGUGAAUCGGUUUUGAAAAUUAAAUUCCCUUUUAUAUGCAAGACCGAUAAGGAUGUCGAAGGCACUGUUUUUGAAAAUAAGGAAUUUAUCGGAAGCAUCAGGAAGAGAUGGUCCAAGCUGAACAUGUACGAGAUUACUUUUCCUAAAGAGCUAGCUGUGGAGAAGAAGGUUGCUCUGGUGGCUGUUUGCUUUUUAAUCCAAGCUACGUUUUUCAGAGACACGCAAGAAGCUGAGAAGAAUGCUCGACAUACGGCCAGAGACUUUCUUCCCAUGGGUUCUCAUUUUGGAAAACAUUCAUAAAGUCAUCGAAUUCUGCACGUUUUUAAACUUCUGUAAUUUUAAGUAACACCUGUGGGUGUAUACUGAUUUUUUUUAGGAGGGAAAUAAG